GAUACUUACUUUGAAUAUUACAAUACGACGUGCCACGCCUUGUUCGUUGGAUUCUCUUCAAAAGAGAUUAAUACCCUUUCCAUCAACUCGCACGAAGACCUACUUCACAUGGUUGACGUAUUCUGGGAAUUAUGCAAGGACACACCAAACUUCGACCGCCCACAGGCACGAUCCGCACUCAAAAAGUGCCCAAAGCAUAGGAAUGAGCCUCAAGAUAAGAUCAACAACUCGAUCGAUGUCUUGCUACGCUUGUGGCUCACAAUUCGAGUACAGAAUUCGGACUUUUCGCCCGCAGCCAAGACUCUCCAAUGGGACGACACUUCAACAGUUCAAGACUUUCUUACACAACAUUUCCCUUCGCCACGAAGCCACAGUUCUGAUCCUGGCUUGCCGCUAGAGAGCAACUUUACUGCAGUCAAUCUUUAUCGCAUGUGUGGGAUUCGAGUCUCCUGGACCUAUCAGCUCGAAGACCAUCUGAAAUAUGACAUUGAGAAUCGGAUCGUCUGUGUCUACUCUCUAAGCCAAUGCCUUCUCGAUCAUUUAGAAAGCGUUUCGAUCCUUCCUCGACCUCUGGUAGAAGAGACCUUGCUCUCCUUGAGUAUCCUAUUUCCAAAUUGGAAUUUCGCCACCGAGAAGUUUCUCCGCAAAUCUCAGAAACUCCAUCUUCACGAUAACCUCUUCGAAUACCCUGGCCAUGCUCAUCUUGACCAAUUUCACCACUGGCGGGGUCGCCUCUCUCGUCUACAGCUCGAGUUCCAGGCCCCUGGUCCUGGUGUUCGACACAUCUGGUCGGAUAGGAGGAAUCGGCUGCAGUGGUACACUUUCUGGUUUGCAGUGGUAAUCUUGAUUCUUACCAUUUUCUUCGGCGUGAUAACAACAAUU